UCUCUCUCUUCUCUCUUCUUCUCCUCCUAUGUUUUGUAGUUGUCUCUUUUCUUCUUCACGAGAUUUCCCCACGCAGACCAGAUGAGCUGGUAAUGUGGCCAGGGGAACUUCAUUAAUCCGGGUUGUCAAAUCCGAUCUCCCAAAAUCCGAAUGCCCGUUUUUUCAUUUUGAUGGGUUUUGGGGGAUCACUAUGGGUUGCGUCAGCUCCAAGAAGGCUCGCUCCAAUAUCUCCCCUCCUCGCGAGCCAUCCCUUCACCACCGAAAUGCCAGCGGGAAAAGAUCGCAGUUUGGUUCGGGUAAGCUCAAAUCCGGGCUCGGAUCCUCUAGGGAGAUCCGGGUUGAGCCUGAGAACGAUAAACUCGAGGCACCCAAAUCUUCUUCUUCUUCCUCUUCGUCGUCCUCUACACGACGUUCCGGGAAUUCGAUGGUGAUGAAGAAUGAGCUUCCAGAAAACCAUAUUUCUUUUAGCAUCCCUGCCGAAAGGUUGACGCAAUGCGAACAAAUAGCUGCCGGUUGGCCGACCUGGCUCACUUCCGUUGCCGGAGAGGCCGUCGACGGUUGGCUUCCUCUUAGAGCUGACAUGUUCCAAAGAUUAGAUAAGAUUGGACAAGGUACAUAUAGCACAGUGUACCGAGCACGGGAAAAUGAAAGUGGUAGAAUGGUUGCAUUGAAAAAGGUCCGGUUCGACAAUUUCCAAGCAGAUAGUGUAAGGUUUAUGGCACGAGAAAUAACAAUUCUUCGCAGGCUUGAUCAUCCAAACAUCAUGAAACUGGAGGGAAUAAUUACUUCCAAGUUAUCCUGUAGCAUAUACCUCGUUUUUGAAUACAUGGAACAUGACCUUGCUGGAUUGCUCUCUUCUCCUGACAUCAGAUUCACUGAGUCACAGAUCAAAUGCUACAUGAAGCAGCUGAUGUUGGGAUUGGAGCAUUGCCAUUCAACGGGCGUAAUACACAGAGACAUCAAAGUUUCCAACAUUCUAGUAAACAAUAAUGGGGUUUUGAAGAUAGCUGACUUUGGACUUGCAAACUUCAUUAAUGCAAAAAACAUGCAACCACUUACCAGCCGCGUGGUGACCCUGUGGUAUCGACCUCCUGAACUGUUGCUGGGGUCGACAAAUUAUGGGGCGACGGUUGAUUUAUGGAGCGCAGGUUGCGUUUUUGCUGAACUCUUUUGUGGGAGACCAUUCCUUAAAGGGAGAACUGAGGUGGAACAACUACACAAAAUCUUUAAGCUUUGUGGUUCUCCGCCAGAGGAUUACUGGAAAAAGGCUAAGCUUUCACUUGCAACUGUGUUCAAACCGCAACAUCCUUAUGAGAGUACACUCCGAGAGCGAUGUAGAGAAUUCCCCGAAGCCGCUGUGGACCUCUUAGAAACACUUCUUGCAAUAGAACCGUGUAAGCGUGGAACUGCUUCGUCGACACUUGCCUCCGAGUAUUUUAGUUCAACGCCAUACCCUUGUGAUCCAUGGAGCUUGCAGAAGUACCCUCCGAACAAAGAGAUUGAUGCAAAAUCCCGUGAAGAUGAACGAAGAAGGAAUGCAAUUUAUGCAGCAAGAGGUUAUGGAGCUUCCAAACAUCCUAGAAAAGUCCGAAAAAAUCUACACGAAUCUAUCAGUUUCUGUAGAGCUCUUCCAAUGCAGGAGAUGGAGGCCAACAUUCCAUUUUCUCGUAGAAACAAUGUUGGUGGCGGGACUCGUGCUACUAAAGGAGCUACAGUGUCACGAAUUUCAUUAAAACCAUCAUAUGAUACAACGUCCGAGGUUUCUCAAGCAACGACAGAUUUAUCACAAGCUGAAACAGCUGUCUCUGCCCCUCUAGAAAUGUCUUCUAGUUCGAAAUGGAAAAAGAACAAAAAACAAGACUAUGCAGGUCGAAGGACUCACACUAAUAAUGUCAAUUCAAAAGGUCUAAAAUGUAAUGUCUUGGAUCACUUGUCAGAUGACUUCCAUACUCAAGCUAGAAGCCCAGAUAUGAUUGAUAAGCGUGCUCUUCACAAGCAGCGGUUAAAAUCGGGAAAACAACAGUCAUUUGACUCAUCUGAUAUGUAUCACUCAAGAAAGCUAUCAUUGGAGAAUGAUGACCCACAAGGAAGUACUGGGUUUUUAGGGGCAUUUUGCCAACAACCAAAUAUGUUUGAUACAAGGCAAGAUACCAGACCCCAUCAAACUGUUCGUAGAUCCCGUUUCUACAGAGAUUUGUAGCUCAGAAUGAACCAAGGAAGACUGGCAUUCAACUAUAAAGUUCUUCCAGAUUUUUUUGGCACUUCUCUCUGAGCUUUCGCCUGUGCUCCAACCCUUAUAAAUAUAAUGAAAUGUAAAAAGGGAGUGAGAUGCACUAAGAAAAAUCAGGGUUCCAAUCAAAUUUUGAGGAGAAUGAACUAAUGGAUUCAAGGUUCAGUGGGCACCAUAGAACGCAGAUCAGAUUUUGCAUUCACCACUGCAUUUUUUCUUGGAAAUGAAAUCUAAUGGAAAAUUUAUGUGCUAAGUGCAACCAUGUACAAAUCUCAAAUGUAUUUCUAUUCUCGAGUGUAAAGUACAGAGCAGAGUGGUGCUAAACUCUUUUUUGUAUACAUAUUAUUGUAUUUUGUUGGCUUCAAUGUACAUUCUCAUUCAUCUGGAUCCGUGAUUCAUGAAAAGAAAGGAGGCACCAUGUUCCCGAAAGUCCCUCAGAACCGGUCAGAUGGUUUGUCAGGAGAGUUAAAUUGCAAUUUGAUCUAUAGAAAGUGAGUUAUACACUUGGCGGUUACGUGUAUAUCUUGCUGGCCCUAACCAUAGCUAUGUUUCAUGUUUGCAAUUGUAGUAAAUGAUUUUCAAAGCUGAUGAGCAACAUCUCAAAGAGUAUUUUGGAUAGAGUGAUGACACUUUCAUUUAAAAAUGCUCAUGAUAUGCAAAGUGAUCUGAUUUUUUUUCUUUUCUCUAGCUGAUGUUCUUAGUUUGGUGCUUUUCAUGGCUUGCC